AUGCCUGAUAGUCGCCAUAUUGGCGACUAUUCAUUGACCGAAGGCAAAGAGCUCGGCGUGGUGACGGCGUCAUGUGACCGGGGGCGCGACUUCCUGUUGCGUGGCGUCCCGCGGGGAUUGAAUGACGCGCCGAAGACUGAGGGCCAAUCCGCUAGCGAGUUUUGGGUCUCAGUUACAGAGCCGCGGAACGGACCAACGGGAGAAGAGGACGACCAGGUCAAGGAUACACAAAAACCCUGUUUUCCUCGUAAGGCCGAUCAGAUUGUGACUUGUUUCAGCCUUUAUUAA